AUAAGAAUUUCAAAACAAUAACUAUUAAAAAGAUACAUGAUCACAACAAAAAUAAAUACAAUUAUACUUUUAAUAGAUUUUUAAUGCCUUUGAACAAAUUAAAGUUCACUUCUUAUAAAAUAUAUCAAAAAAAAACAAUUAAGAAUAUUAAACAAACUAAGCACAUCAAAAAGUGUAAGAAUAUUCAUAAGUAUGAUGAAAAAAAUAAUAAAAGCCAAAUAAAGACCAAAAGCAUAAUGAACAAGAUACAUAUUAAGAGACAAAAAAUGGGGAAAAUAAAAGCAAAUACAAUAAGGGCAAUAAAUGUCCAGACGAACAAUAAGCCCAUAUUAAAUAUUUGUACAAACAUCCCUGUGGUAACGCACGGAAUUCUAAAAAACAAAAAUGAAGGGAAAAUGAAAAAAGAGAAUGAUCAUAUGAAAAAAAAAGUUCGCAUAAACAUUUAUAGUAGUGAAAAUUACACAGAUAAAUACUUUUUAAAAAAUAGGAUUGACCAUGAAAGGUUGAAUAUUGAGAAUGAGGGAAAGACGCUGGAAGGUUAUAUAAAUAAUCUUUGUAGAAGUAAUAAUUUUAAAAAGCACAAGAAUGGUGACGAAAAUUAUAUAGAUAACGACGAAAUGUUUUAUAUACAUAAUAAUAAUAAUAAUAAUAAUAACAAUAAUAAUAACAAUAAUAAUAAUAAUAAUAAUGACACAUAUUAUAAUAAUUAUAUAAUGGAUAUGCAUGAAGAAUCAUAUUAUAAUUAUGAUUCAUCUUAUAGUGCACUUGAUGUAUAUAUGGAAGAAUACAGAGACACUCUAGAAAAUUCAUCCAGUAUUGACGACAUAUCUGAUUUACAACCCAUUCAUUUAGCUAGCAAAGAAGGAAACAUUGAAUUAAUAAAAAACUUUUUAAAAGAAGGUAUAUAUAUAAAUAGUAAAACAAAAAUAAGAAAAUUUACGCCAUUACAUUUAUCCGCGUCAAAAGGUGAUAUAGAAUCAGUAAAAUUUCUUAUCGAAAAUAAUGCCGAUAUAAAUGCAUUAUCAAGUGAUAAUGAAACACCACUUUGGUGUGCUUCUCUAUCUAACCAUUUUGACGUAUGUAAAUAUUUUAUAGAAAAAGGAGCAUUGUUAAAUUUAAAUGUAGAAAAAAGAUAUGACUCUCCAUUACAUGCUGCGUCCAUGAUGGGUAAUUAUGAAAUAGUUAAAUUAUUAAUUGAACACGGUGCUGAUAUAACUUGUCUAGAUUUGAAUAUGUUAGAACCAGUACAUUAUGCUUCUUUCGAAGGACAUAAAGGUAUUGUUAAAUAUUUAAUUUUCAAACAAAUUGAACAAUCAUUGAAAAAAAAGAUGAAUGAUAUUGUAUAUAUUAUGAAGAAAUAUAAUGUAUAUACUCCCAAUUUAGAAAAACAUUAUUAUUUGAAAUAUAAAUCUAUUUUAAAAAAGAGAAUUACAAGUAAAAUAUUAUGUUGUGCUAUAACAUCAGGAAAUUAUAAGAUCGUUAAUAUCAUUUUAAAGAAAGGAGCAGACCCCAAUUAUUUUGAUGUGCGUUUACAAUUAUUUCCAAUACACGCAGCAUCCAUAACAGGUAAUAUUAAAAUAUUUAAAAGUUUAGUAAAAAAAGGAGCAAACAUAUUCAUGAAAACGAUUUGUAAUAAUUUACCGAUUGACCUAACUGAAGAUAGGGAAAUAAAACAGUUCAUAUUAAAAUGUUCAAGAAAAAUUAAUUUAAGAAAUGCUUGGAUUAUUCGUUUAAAAAAAAAAAAUAGCAUAAUAGCUCGUUUGCCUUAUGAUACGUUUUAUUAUCUGUGCACAUUUUUUUAA